GCGCCAUGCCUUCUCCCAUUCCCCCCACGCGCCUGCUACCUAAGGACCUGUUUCCGUCUGCGGACAUCUCGGUGUGCAGCAGCCCCCUCCAGCAGCGGGGCCUCGGGGCCACCCUGCAGGUGCCCCCCCAGCGGCUGCACGGGAAGCUGGGCUCGCGGCCCUGGUCCUCCGUCAUCCACUGGCAGCAGCUGCGCUGCGUGGAGGCCGUGGGCUCCGGGGGCUUCGGCUCCGUGUACAGGGCGGAGUACCUGGGCCAGACGGUGGCGCUAAAGAAGGUGAAGCGGAGGUCCAAGAACCGGCUGGCCUCCAGGCAGAGCUUCUGGGCGGAGCUUAACGCCGCGCACCUGAGCCACAGGAACGUGGUGCGCGUGCUCGCCGCCAGCACGUGCGUGCCCGCGGACUUCCAGGACGAGGGCAGCAUCGGGGCCAUCGUGAUGGAGUUCGUGGGCAGCAGGAACCUGCAGCAGGUGAUCUAUGAGAGCCCGGAGCCGCUGGAGGAGGCGCGCUGCCUCCGCUUCUCCUCGGACAUGGCGGAGGCGCUGCGCUUCCUGCACGCCCACCUCCUGGUCCACCUGGACGUCAAGCCGCCCAACGUGCUGCUGUCUCCCGGGGGGGUGUGCAAGCUGGCGGACUUCGGCUGCUCCCUCCAGCUGGAGCGGGAGCGCGCGCCCAGCUCCAUCAGCCCGCUGCUGAGCCACGGCUGCGGGACCUACUCCCACCGCGCGCCGGAGCUGCUGCGGGGGCAGCCGGUCACCCCAAAGGCAGACAUCUUCUCCCUGGGCAUCACCAUGUGGCAGCUGCUUACCAGGGAGCCCCCCUACACCGGCGACAGGCAGCAUGUGCUCUACGCGGUGGUGGCGCGCGACCUGCGGCCGUCUCUCAGCCACGCGGUGUUUGCGUCAGCGCAGGGGCGGCGGCGCGCGGAGCUGCUGGGCCGCUGCUGGAGCGCGGAGGUCCGCCGCAGGCCGAGCGCCGAGGAGCUGCUGGAGCUGCUGAGGUCCGCUUAGAGGUUCGGAUGGACUGGAUCAUGUUAGGGUUCUGUUUGGAUGUCUUCAUUGUUCUGUUUUUCAUUAAAAGGAUUUUAAAAACUGAUGUCCUGUUUCUUAUUUCUUCUGGUUCCGGGUUCUCUUUAGUUCUGCUGAUUGAGAAUAAAAGUUUGUUUUUGUGACGAUCAGAACAUUUCAGGAUGGAUGGACUUCAUGCUGGAGAUCAGAGGGGAACACCUUCUGAAGAACCGGUUCCGGUCCAGUAAAGACUGACCCAAAGGAUCCUGCUGAGCACAGUGGUGGCAGCAUUAUGCUCUGGGUUUGUCCUCUUUUGGCUGAAACUGUCUUCUUUUCUAUCAUGGCGGAUCGCAAGCAACUUUAAGGUGCAUACCGCCACCUACUGUUCAUG